GGCGGCCCCGGGGUGAAGGCCAGCAACUGGAGAGGGGCCGGGCGCAGGCGAGGGGCUGGAGCCGGGCGUCGCCGGCAACACGCGUGAACACCCGCCCAUCCCCUCUUCUCCAGGCCCGGCAUUAGCAAGUUUUUUCCGCAGGAGGUUUGCGGUUUCCAGCCUUUCCCGCCCGGUCCCCCUGCGCAACAGACGGGCCCCCCUGCGAGCCCCCCCGCAGGCAGCGUGGGGGGGUGCCCGGCGGUGCCCUGCCAAGGCUUGGUUUUUCCGGUGCUUUGGGUUGGUUUGCACUUUCCCCUCCGGUGUUUGCUUUUUUGUUUCCUUUUUUUUUUUAAUUUUUUUUUUUUUUUAAUUCUUCUCUCCCCCCCCCCCCCCCCCGGCGUGGGGGGGUGCCCCACCGGCAGCGCUGCCCCGGCCCGACCAAUCAGGGCCCUGUGGGGUUGGGGGAAUCGGGCCGUGGGCUUUAAAAGCGGAGCCCUUUGUGCGGCAGAGCCCGGCCGGGCCCCCGCACCGGCAGCCGGCGGGGCCGGGAUGGGAUGCGGGGCCGGGAUGCGCCGCCGCCCGCAGCCGCCGCCGGGAGGAGCCCUGGACCACGCUGCACCGGCGGCUUCAGGACCCCAGCUUCCCCCCUCUGCAGAGAUGCGACCACCCUGAUUGCUGGCUGGAGUGUGGCUGAGCACCCACGCAGCCCAAUGCACCCUGGCAGGGCUUGCAGUCUCCCCCACGGCACUUGGGAUGGGGACAAGCCCUGGCUGGGGACCAAGGGCAGGCGCUUGCAAGUCCCCACGUGCAGGCGGCCGUUUGCAUGAGCAAGAACGAGAGCUGGGGCUGACCGCAGGAUCUUGCGGUGGCCGCGGGGGGCCUGGUUGCUGUGGGGGGGCCUGCUGGCCCCAGGGAGAAGCUCAGGGGCUGUUACGCAAAUCGAGAGGAGCCAGGAAACCGGUGGAAGGGCUGCAGGGGAGUGAGUCUGAAUUUCCUUUCUCGCCUCUAAGUCACUGCGGCUGACUUCCCUGGCUCUGAGAUGCUGUGGCGGUGCCUGCUGAGAGCCUUGGCUGGGCUCCUUGCAGCAUGGCAUCGCUCUUGCACCUGGGCACCAGCUGGUCCUUGUCCCUGUGGCUAGGCAGGGUGGGCACUGAGGGUCUCCCUGCUCCCAGGCUCUGUCCCCAUGUAAGGCACAGCCCCAUGGUCUCCACAAUGGAUCUGUGGCUGCUGCAGCCAUGACCAGGACCUACAGCUAUUUUGGGAAGGGGCUGGGAGCCAUGUGCAGUGGUGACCGGCUGGGGGGGGUGGUGGUGAGACAGAGUGGGGGCAGUUUUGGGAAAGGACCAAUUCUGGCUGUUCUCGGCUCAAUCAUUGUUCCUGGGGUCCUUCCACACAUGGCUCCAUAACAGCCUCCGGGGACAGUGGGACUGCUGCAGGAUGCUGAUGGAGGGGACACGCCUGUGGCACCUCUAACCAUGGGAUGCAAAUGGUCAGAUAAGCUCUUUGGAAACAGAGAGGCUGGAAAAUGGGCACUGGUGGCUGCAAGCAUGAGAUGUCCAAGGAUUUGGCCCUGGUACGAUCUCCUGGAAGUCACCCUGGUUCCUUCCUUGUGGCAUAUCCCUGGGGGUACAGGGGGUUAGCAGUGGGUUUGGGGAGGCUGCCAUCCGCCAGGAGGACAGGGUCUGGUUCCCCUCUUCUCUGUCCCAGGACAGUCCUCUUGCACAGUGUCCUUUGUCACAGCCGCCUUGGCAACAGCAGGGGAUGAUGUCCUUGACAUCCCAGGCUUGCUAGAGAAACCCCACGGCCCCACACAUCCCCAGGUACCAUCACAGCAGCACUGCCACACUCUGCCCUGCUGUUUGCACCCUGGUGGCCCAAGCAAUGGGCACAGGCAGUGGCUAUCCCCUGCAAAUCAGGUGCUGGGGACACUGUGAUUUCACAUGCAAGUGGUGGCUGGGCUGGAGACAGCUGCCUCCUGUCAGAUACAAAAGGCGUUGCUUUGCCUGCCACAAAGGAGGAAGAGUGCGUGUGUGCGUGCAUGUGAACAAGAGUGGCCAGCACCGGCAGCAGAGCACACCCAGGCUUCUGCCACUUCCUUGCCCCACAGGAGGGACACGAUGGCCAGGUUCUGAGUGAUGGCCACCACCAAGCACACCACCCCGGUGUGGCCAGCUCAGCAGCAUCCCUCCUCCCUGCGGACCAAGCCACAGGUGAGCGCAGGGGAUGUCACCUGCCUAACACAGAGGAGCAGAGCCCAGACCUUGGAGCAGCCCCUGGUAUGUUGGAAGGGGACAAGUUCGCCCAGAGCCUGGCCUGGCACAAGGAAGAAAAUCAGUUCAUGGCAGCUGAAGGUCCCUAUUGCCACGCGCUCUGCCCCAGUGCCUGCUGGAAGCGCCCUGGUGGGCAGAUUUCCUCUGGCACAAGCAAAACACCAGGGGGUAAAUGCCCUUGUGCCAGGGGAGAGGAGCAUCCCAGCAGGAUGGGGCACGCACAGCCCCUGGGCUGUGCUCUGCAGGAGAAAUGCCCCGUAAUGAUCCUGAAAGGGGCUUUGGGUGACGUGGCCCCGAGAUGCUGCCCGCAGACUGGCACUGUUGCUGCAGUGGGACAUGGUGACCAGUUUUGCCGCCCCGAGGCGGGGUGUGCAGGAUGAGCCCCCGUGUCGAUCUCUGGGCUCUGGCUCCUGCUGCAGCCAUUUGCCCCGUGCCCUCCUUCCCAGCCGCCUUCCCGCGCUGCAGGGAGGCAGAGCACAGCUGAAAAUACACCCACCAGGUCCCCCCCUUUCCUGCCUGUUUGCUUCCUCCCCUCCUGGCCUUGCUUUUCAGUGCGGCUUCCUAAGAAAACAAAGGUCGUGCUGUCACGCUUUGCCUAUAUAUACACACAAACACGUGUAUGUGCGGCUGGCGCCCUUCUAAUAAACUUUGACCACAUUUCCAUCCCGGUGGACAGAGGGGCGGCAAUCUGCAAACAUGCUUAGGUCAAGGGGGCUGGCAAAAAUGAGCAACUGGGGGAGGGAGAGGCUUUCCUUUCCCUAAGCACAGAGGCAGGCUGCUCUGCAGCUCAACCCCUUAUCAGACAGUGGAGAAGUCACACAUGGGGCACCCAGCACAUUCCACCUGCAGGAAGGGCUUUGAUCUGGGUUCACACCUGAACCAUGCUGCUGUGUGAGCUCCCUGGGGACCGACGGGCAUGACUGCCAGCCCCACUCAUCCAGGCUGAGCCCCGACAGACUCAUUCCACAGCUGGGGAGGAACUGAGGUGCUGGAUAUAGGUAUAAAAAAGAUGCUUUUUUCUCUGAGGGUCAUCUGCUGGUAUCUAAAAAUGCUGGUUUUCUUUUGUGCAGAAUGGGAACGUGUCCCUCCUCGGUCACCGUCUGAGUCCUCCCUGCCUGCACCAAGAGGCUGUCCUCUCCCCACAGACCUCCUCGGAGGUGAUUUAAGCGCUGGCAGGGCAGGAGCACUGGGGGGCCGUGCCCCUGCCCAGCCUGAUACAGAAAAUCCCCAUAUCAAACUCUGGCUGGGAACAGGGCAAUGGGGUACAGGCUCUGGCUCCAAACCCCCUGGCAGCCCAAGCCUGCACCCCAUGUGCCCCAGAGGUGCUGCUGGGGGAAGCUGAGCUCUACCAACCCAGAGGCAGCAAGCUGCCACCAAACGCGCUCAUCCCACAGCUCCAUGCUCCAUCUUGCCUCCAAAAAAGCCCCAACUGCCUAAAACCCACUGCAAAAUCCACCCGUCAGCAUUCGGGUUGAGAGCGCAGGGGCUGCAGUGACUUAUCUGCUGUAGUUUUCCAGAAACUUCCAUGCCGGACUUGGCGUUACCACAGUGUUUCCGUGCUGUCUCAGCAGCGGGCUGCCAGUGGGGACGGUGGCUUCAGCCUGCACCAUGCUCGGCAGAGCUGGGGACAGUGCCAGAGCUGCCCACGGGCUGGGGACAACAAGAGGGUAACCUGCGAUGCCCCGCGGGCUGUGCUUCCUUUGCCCCAUUCAGUCUAAAAAACAGUUUAAUUAUUAAAAUACACUUUGGGAAGAGCUUUAGGUUGAGCAGGCAAGGACAAAACCCUCCCAGGCUGCAUGGCAAUGGUGAGUCUGGAGGAUCAAAGCACUCUCGCUGCUCGGUGGAGGUGUGACUGCUGGGCAUGGCUUGGGACAAGUGUCCCUUUCUGUCCCCAGGCUGCAGGCGGUGCUCAGGGGGAGGCACUCAGCGGGGGCCAAGCUCCUCUUCCUGGGUUGCGGCUCUUCCAGGGCUGUGCCUCCCAGUCCUGGGUGAGCAAGGGCUGCUGGGCAUGGGGAGACAGGGCAGCCACGUGCCGAGCCCCGGACCCCCAAACGCACCACUCCAUGCUGCAGGCAGCUGCUGCGUUGCCCCACGCCUCCCUCCGCGGCACGGCUGCCACGCGUGCUGCCUGCAGGUUGACACGCAGGCGUCUGCCACCCCGCAGCAGCCACCCGGCGCGAGCCAGCCAUUCCCUCCGCCCUUCCCCACCAUCACACAGGCUCCAAAUGGGGUUUUAUUGCAUCCUGGUUUGCAACGGCAGCGGGAACGGGCCCAUCGCGGGGCUCCGGCAAGUCGUGUGCCCUCAACCCCGGCAGGACUGGCUGAGCUGGGGUGGGAGGGGAGGCUGCAGCUCUGCCAGCUCCCAGCUUUGGCCGCUGACCGUUAAAGCUGCUUUUUUUUUAACACUCAGUAUCACCAGGAUGUGGUUUAUUCCCAGGAAGGAAGCUGGGCAAAAGCACACUCUUAAAAUGCUCUGGUGGCCUUUGCAGCGGGAAGCCCUCAGGCUUCGCCAAGCAGCCAACUCAAAUUAGGGUAGGGGGAUGCAAGGUAGUGGCCUUUGAGCACUGCGAGGCUGCCCCAGUGCCCCCCCUCACCUCCCUCCCCACUCAGCCCAGCCUGGGGGUUCCCCUGGGCUGAGCAAGGGGAGGCUCGGCAGCCCCCCCCCGCCCCAGUGCAUGGAGGCAGGAGGGGGCAGAUUGAGUUAUCUCCUCUGCCGGGGGGGGGGCUGAAGGCGGGCGCUGCUCUGGCACCCAGCCCAGCGGCAAUUAUUCCAGUGGCGUCGUGCGCAACGAUGAUGCCACGCUGCAGGAAUGGCAGGGGUGGCUCGCCUCUGCUCCCGGAGCUCGCCGGAGCCGCCGGGCUGGGACGAGGUUCAUCCGGCCGUGCCCCACUUUGGGUUCGCCCAGCCCUUGUGGGGGGUCCCAAAUCUUCCCGGCUAUGACCCCCCAGCCUGGUGCUGCCCUGGAUGUUUCCCUUCCCGGCUGCAAACAGGGCACUUCUGCCUCGCAGCAAGCGGGUACGUGGGGCGUGCCCCAUGGGGACGUUCCCAUGACCUGGUGUCCUGGUCCCCUACAUGCUUUGGGCCCAUGAGCAGGUUUCGGGCUCUCAUUUUGACCAUGCACAGCACAUUCCUGGUCUUUGCAGUCGCAGAGGGAAGCUUGAAAAUGGACCUGAAGGCAAAAAGUAAAGGAACCCCUUGGGCUGGUGCUUUUUCCCAUGGGUUUGAAGACAGCACGGUGAUGGGACCUGGCGUGGUGCUUUCCAGCCUCUCCUCAGCCAGAAUUCACUUCUCUUUGCCCAGCUAUAACAUUUGUUUCUCUCUGAAAAACACCCCUGCUGCCGUUGUCACCCUUGGCCCCGCCGUGCACCCAGGCAGCAGGAGGUGGUCCCUGCUCCACUGCAACAGCUGCUUCUUCCCACCGCCCUCCCUCCAUCCCUGUUCAGCACUGACACCCCCGGGCUCCCAGUUGCACUGUUGGAUACUGGGAUUAUGGCUCUUGACCAGCUUCCCUCCGUCGCAGCCCGGGGUGCUAGCUCAGGCUCCCAAGGCUGGGGGUGCUCACACCCCAUCUCCCUCCAUCCACGGGCACCCACUCCCUGUUCUCUCUCCAGCCUUGGCUCUGGGUCAGAGUUUGCUGCUGCUCUGCCCCAGAGAAGGGACCCCAAGCCCCAGCAUUUGUCUAGCACUCAGGGCUGACCCCCCCCAAAUAAUAUUUCUCCCCUUGCAGACCCCCACUAGCUUUGCUCCCCGUGCCUGCAGGCCAUCCCACAGGAUCUUGGUGGGGGCACAGCCACCCACCGCUCAGCCCACUCCCACUGCGGCACGCAGGGACCCCCCCCACCCACCCCUGCAUGACCUUGUUUGGGGCCCAAUGGUUAUUAAUCCCAGCUCAAUAGGCGACUUUUCUUGGUGAAUAGGCCAGCUGGUACUUGAGGGGCGGAGGUGAAUGAGGGUAGGGAAGAGGGAGCAGCUCCUGGCCAGAUCCAAACCUAGGAGAGAGAUGCAGGGAGAGCUGAAUCCCGUGUCACAGCAGGCAGAUGCACAGGAGAGCAGUCGGGGGGGAAGGUGACCCUGGUCCCCAGGGCCAUUGCUCGGCCUUGUGCUGGGGGAUGUGGCUCUCCUCUGCUCCCAGCCGCUUCUGCAAGAGGCUGGCACGCAGCACCCUCCCAGACACAUCCCGCCAGCACAGGGCACGAGCCGGCCAGCAGCUUCAUUGCGAUGCUGAACUCCUUUGCAGGGAGGGGAUGGAGAAGGGAACUGAAUAUUUAAUGCCAGCAAAGUGCCUUGACGCUGGUGGCUGGAAGGCAGCGGGGAGAGGAUGGGAGCCGUGAUCGGAGUGCUGCUCACCGCAGGCAGCUCGCACGGGACAGCCAGCAGCUGCCCGGGGCAGGGUGGCACCGGGGCACCCGCCGUGUCCUCUGCCCUGGCUUUUUGGCCCCUCUGCUGCUGAAGGCAUGGGCUGCAGGCCCUGCUUGGCACCCAGCAAAAGCACCAUGGGGUAGAGGAGGGGAGGCACAACAGGGGCUGGGGGCUUGUACAUGCAAAAGCAGGGGCUGUGAGGCUGAGGACAGCACCGGGCUCUGGUCCCAGCCCGUUUGCAGGUUUAAAGGUUGGGUGGUGCCGAAAGCCAGGAAUAGCAGGGAAAGGCUUGCGUGCAGAGGGAGACAGAAGAGACGGGGCUGUCAUUGCCGGGACAAGAUAAACCUGAACGGGGGAAGGGAAGCAAAGGCGGGUGGAAGAUGAGCGAAGGAGCCGGGAACAGCGCCUGCAGCAGGGUUUCGGGGGGCAGGAUGAGGCCCUUGCAGGCGGGUCCCCGGGCCGUGGCGGGGAGGACAGGGCAGGGGCUGGGAGCCGCAUCCCAGCCACCUCCCCUCAUUCCCCGAUUCCCAGCCGCUUCCCCUCAUUCCCCGGCCUCGCACGCCCUCCAGCGCCGCCCGCUCCCUCCUCUUCCUCUUCCCGGCAGCGGCUGGGAGCCGCCUCCAGCCCGGCCCCGCCGUUCCCCCGCAGGCACCGGGAAGCAGGACGGGGCAGCCGAGACCCCAAGCUCCCCUCCCGCCCCCCCCCUCCGUUCCUGAUGCUGGUUUCUGUGGGAUCAGCAACGGGGGUGGGGGGGCACGGCUGGGAUCGGGCUGUCCCUCCUGCCACCCGGGAGGGGACGGCGGCGGGAGGGACGCUGCGCCCUUAGCACCCCGCUCUGCCCGGGGACCCCGCUGCCUGUCCCCACGGGGCGAGGGGGCCAGGGCUGUUCUCCCCCCACCCCGGGCGCCUUCCCCGCCGGAUGGGGGGCACAGCACCCCCCUCAAGUUGCCCCCCCUAAAACAGCGCCCCCCACUGGUUGCCCCCCCAGCACAGUGCCCUUGCUGGCUGCCCCCGGAGCAGCACCGCGGGGAGGGCUGGGGGGCUCAGGGCUCCUGCCCUGGGGAGGCGGGGGGGUGGGGGUGUCGGAGCAGCCUUUGCAGCACCCCAAACCCUGCCUGGGGUGUCCUUUGACCAGCCACCUCCCCUUGGGGAUGCAGACACACACA